CUCGAUUGAAGUACCGAGUUCUCACAUCAGAUAACAGCAAGGUUUGUCUCCUCUCUGCUGCCAUGAGCGGCCUCCCUCUGGUUUGGAUGUGCUUGCUGCUCAGCCUCCUGACUGUGGAGAUCCAGUCCCGGGAUCUGAGAACUCACAGACACAGGUUGAGCAUAUCCAGAAUCUAUAAAGAGUUGUCUUACCCCAACUCUCCACCUAUUGUGUCUGAUCUCUCUGCUGCCAUCACUAAUCAAAUCCUCCAGGAAGACACACAAAACAUCUGGAGGGACCCACCGCACAGAGAUCCAUCAUCAGAGUUGUCUGACAUGUUGCUUUACGGAAACAACAACGCGCUGUCGGUGGUGCCAGUGUGGCAGCAUGGGUCACGGGGUCGCCGUCAUGCCCACAGGGGCGGUGCAAGGGGCCAUGGCCACCUGAUGAGGGUGGGAUGCGUCCUUGGCACCUGUCAAGUGCAGAACCUCAGCCACCGUCUCUACCAGCUUAUUGGACAGAAUGGGAGAGAGGACUCCUCCCCCAUUAACCCCCGCAGCCCCCACAGCUACGGCUAGCAUCACACCUCUAAUCCAGCAACUUCUCCAAACCAUUAAAUUCAGUUGGACCAGAUAGAAAAAUCAACAGUGAUGUUAAUUUUAAAAAAAAACUAGUAUGUUUACCCGAAGCAUGUGUUUUUUUUAAUAGUUGUGACAGCAAUUUGUAUUACUUUACAAUACCAAUAUUCCCACUGAGGAUUUGUUUUUAAAUUUGUGAAUUUUGCAGCAUUUCUGAAG